UUCUUCGACUGCGACGGCAGCAGCCGCGGGAGAGACGCGACAGCGAGAAGAAGAACACAAGCGCCGCCUCGGACCAGCCACCGGAGUGAGCUGCCUAGCAGAACUGUUCUGGCGGGCGUCAGGUGUGUGUCGAGCGAGAGCGCGCUUUUUCAUCGGCUGCCGCUGUUAUCUCUGCCGCCAACGAUCAUUAACAAGCACGAAAAGCUACUGUCGCCGAACUCAGCGUCACCGUCGCAACUGCUAUCAUCGCUACGACAACACAAGUAAAUGUUUUCCAUAAGUACUAAGAAGUUUGGAAAAGUUGAAGCUAGACAGGCUAGUGUAGCAGGACAGCGAGAUCAAUAAGGCAAAAGCAGCGAAAAUGUAGCGGCUAGAACCGGUUGACCGGGUGGUGGUUUAGUGUGCUAUGUAAAGUUCUGAAUGAAAAAUCGAAAGUGCUAUCCAACAAUAACAACAGUCGCGACAACGUUUCAACUAAUACCUGCAGGAUCAACAACAGGGUCGGCGACGAAAGAAGCUGGUGAUUUCCUGACUCGCAGGCUGGCAACGUUACUCGGAUUUAAAUAGAAGAGGUUUUGGAUGCGCUGGCUUUGACUGACUUCGUCGUGAUGGUCGCGUGGGGGCACGUCGCUAUACUAAUCAUUAUCAUUGCUAAGGUGAUCAUCAGCCAAAGUAUCAACGCUUUAAACAAUAGCAGGUACAGCGUUCAAGGAAGUACCACAGAGUCAACUGGGAACGGUGUAUGCGCGUGUGCGCUUGUUAUUGGUAAACAAAGAAUGUGAUACCUGCAACAGCAGGAGUAGCUUUAACAAACAUUCAAGUGCAAAAGAUGGUGUUUUUAUAAAAAGGACCUAGACCAACGCCAGUCUUUGUCAUCUACUCGCAGUAGAAUCGAUAUUGUGGUCUCCAAUCGCGGCCUUAUUUAUCCCGCCUGAAGCUUCAAGUCGUUACCGUUGCCUACCGUGCAAUAAAGACAGACAGAGGAGCACAACGAGAGAAACGAGGUUUGUGACUGGUGCUUCAACAGCUUCGAUUGGCCAAUACAUUUUCACGUGUCGGAUAUUGUGAUGAAGUGUCGAGUGGUGCAAUACGUAUUCACGCAUACGUAGAUGUCUAUAGAUAAUAUAUAUAUAUAUAUAUAUAUAUAUAUACCUAUAUAGCCGAGAAACACAUGGAACUUGUCGUUGUAACUGGAACGACGCAACGCAUCGCCUAAUAGUAAUCAAAAUAACAAAAACUUAUAUAACUGCAUCGCAUGUGUUCCUAGCGAACUAAUCCUACCUGCAAUCGUCACCGCUAUUGAUACGGGCUACAAACUUAAUAGUGGUCGACAUUCGACCGGACCCAAUCUACAGCCGAUUAACUUCCUAAUUGUUUCAUUUAUAAGUAAAAUAGUGGUGAUAGAUAGUGUGGGCUUUCCUCUCGCAGUGGAAGCCAGAGUGCCAUGGAAAGUUACUCAAGCGAUCAGACAGUGGAUCACGAUUUGCUUAACAUGGCAUCACAACGAAUGGACCCUAUACAAGAUACCUCAUCACCUGGGUCGCGCGGAGCCGACUCACCUUCGUCAGUGAGUUCGUUUCCUCACCCGCCAUUCGAACCGUGGCCGCCUGCCUCACUGGCGAGUCAGGCACAAGCGUACGCCGAUAGCUUUGGGAUGCCACCUUCCUCACAGGCGCCCACAGGCUGUCCACCGCAGCCUGAGCUUGUAUUCGACAAGGAUCACCUAUCGACCCAGCUGCAGUUUCCUCAACAGCAACAGUUAGCUCUGCAGCAACACAUGGCUGUCGUUCACCAGGGUGCGCUGGGGCCUGGUGGGGGGGCCGGAGGCAAACGCGCGACCGAAACCCGAAUCCGCCGACCCAUGAACGCGUUUAUGGUGUGGGCCAAGGUUGAACGCAAGAGACUUGCCGACGAAAAUCCGGAUCUACAUAACGCCGAUCUCAGCAAAAUGCUAGGAAAAAAAUGGCGGAACCUCUCACCUCAAGAGCGGCGUCCCUAUGUCGAAGAAGCGGAGCGUUUACGGAUACAGCACAUGCAGGAUUAUCCCAACUACAAGUAUCGCCCGCGUCGGAGGAAACAGACGAAAAAACCUGCAGGACCAAAUUCGGCUGGAACUCCUGGGGCGCAAGGAGUACCGAAUGCUCUACCGCAAACUGUUGCUCAGCGCACCAAGAGCCCUGGUACCCCAACACCGCCGGCUGAAUUCCCUAAUUUCAGGUAUGAAUCGACAGCGACAACCGAGUUCCUUCAGACAACUCCGGACUCAAGUCCGCACGGGAGCCCAUGCUCAGAUGCCUUACGGCGCCAGGCCGAAUCUGUUCAUCAAGGUCAAUUUCAAGUGCCGCCCUAUGGCGAACUACCGGCAACAACUACUCAAACUUCUACAACGGUUAGCACAGGAGGAUCUGCUCCUGGCACUACAGAGGAAAGCUUGCUCACGCCAGAAAUGUCACCUAUUGAAGCUGAGGAUUUCCCUGCCUACCAGGCGGGUAAAGAGCCAUACGCCUUCAAUCAACUGUUGCGUAAGUUCAACGCCGACGGAUCUCAAUACCUUCAGAACAUCCGGCAACCGUUCCGGCAGGCUCCUGCCUCUGUCACCGAACUACCCCGUCCGCUCCUGCCAGAACAGAGUCCGUACUACUCUCAGCAGCCUGUCGUCGCAAGUUAUUUCGAAGAACGUCAACCAUCCUCGAGUCUUGAGUACUACCAACGUACGUAUCAACAGACGCUGACCGGCAUUCCAAAUCUACCGGCAAUCUCGCAGUCGUUCCCGGUUCACCCCUACGCUUCAACUGAACAGGGCGCGUAUUAUCCACAGGAUACUCCAGCGUACAUGUACCUCAUGAAUCAGCCUGCGUUAGAUUCGCGCCAUUUUCUUCGGUCCGAUGCCGAACAGGAGACCCCCAGCGGACAGCAAGCACCACCAAACGAUAACAUUAUCAACGCACUCGCCGAGACUCGCGAGAUAAUGUCGUGAUCUCCUCUAAUGAUGGUCAAUAGAAUUUACCCGUUUAUCCCAUCUACUCAUAUUACGAGAGACUGAAACAAAGCGUCACUUUGACGCCGAGAUACUGGCAAUGUUUGGGAGCUGGAUCCGUCUUUCGUUCGGCACAGUUUUUUUGCAGCCCCAUUUUCGUGUCUAGAGGCGGAAACUUGUAAAUGUUUUUCCCGUGGAAACAGAUGAGACUUUCUAACAGGUCGUCUUGAAAACAGUUCAUGUCAGUAUAGGUCGUACAAAUGUAAACAAAUUGGAUAGUACUGGCGGCACAGUCCCGGGCUGAACCUGAAUAGGCACGUUUAAGCCUGAAUUUCAACGAAUCGCAACAGCCGUAUAACUGAAUAUAAAUGGAAAUCUAUCGGCAACUUUUAAACUAAUCGUUACUUUAUAUGCAAAGACGUGUUUAAUAUAUAAACAUGCAAUGGUAGAUAGGCACACAAUUACACGACGGUACAUACGACCACGUUUACAUAAGUCUUCGGAAUAUAAAAUUUACAUACAUACUUUUCCGUGUGUUCCUCUUCCUUUUUUAGUCCUAUCUGUAUCAUCCCUUUGGAAAAAUGGCCUAGCGAAAAUUGUCCAGGAAUCGCACAUACGUAGACCAAAAGACCGAGCCGUCACUGAAAUAGCCUCAUAGAAAGCAAUCUAAGCGGACUAAAGAGUAACAAACAAGGCUAAACUAUCCUCGGUGGGGGGCUGUCACCCUCAUCAUAACUUCGCAGGGUCGUGAUCUGCUCUCCUUAACGAUGAAGUAAAAUGAUGGUACGUCACCGACUUUCUUCACUGUCUGGGCCCAUUUGUGUGUCCAUCGCCGGUUUACCGUCUUCGUAGAGGGCCUCCCAGUUAGACUGCAGAGCCAUGCUCUUCUGCUGCUACGGGAUACUGCGUAUGGAUACACUAUUUGAAGUCGUGAUCAGGCUCUCUUUUCGUUAUCGUCGUUGUUUCUGUCGUCGUCGUCGUUGUUGUUAUUAUUAUUAUUGUUGUUGUUGUUGUUGUUGUUGUUGUUGUUGUUAUUGUUGUUGUACCUUAUCAUUCUUUCUCUCGCCAUUUUCCUUCCCUUUUCGGGCUCAUUCGUUCUUUAUUAUUCCGUUUCGUCAACCCCAGGAUGACGACUGCUGGUGCUGAUAUUGGGACGAUUGCCACCUCGUGAUAGACACUUCGAAGUCGUUCGUCUCCUCGUUUCUCUCUCGCGCGACGUCUCGUAAAUGGUCUCUUUCACGGUUCCUAUCGAGUUUUGGCUACUCACUCGCACUAUUAUCAUCAU